AUGGGUUCUAUAGAGGGCGCACGGACGGAGAAACGAAACCUGUUUCCAUGCCGCGCCGAUCGUGAAUGCCCUGAGCUGGAACAGCCAGAAAUUGGGAAAGUCUCACUAACUGGACGACUCUUCGGUGAUAAAGCGGUGUAUUCCUGUCCUCAUGGGUACCAUGUGGUUGGUCUUCAAAGCAGGAACUGCCAAGCAGAUGGAAAAUGGGCGGGACAGCCACCAGCUUGUAAGGAAAACAUAUACUGUCUUCAACCUCCAACGAUCCCGCACGCCCGUCACUCUGCACUUCCAGAACAAGCCACUUUUGACCUGGAUGCUACAGUUCAAUACAAUUGUCAUACUGGUUAUGUCACAAAUGGCUUUCCCAGGGCCAAAUGUCUCGCAAUUGAUGGACAGGCUUCUUGGUAUGGACCUGACAUCACUUGUGAACCACGUUCUUGUGGUGAGCCAGGGGAUGUUCCCCACGGGUGGGUGACAGCCGACUGUCACACCUUCGGGUGUCGUGCUGUAGUCCAAUGUGGACAAGGGUUUGAGCUGGUCGGUAAAGCCGAGCGCUACUGCCAGGCAGAUGGAGCGUGGGCUCCUAAAGAGCUUCCCACAUGUGUCCUGGUGACGCAGGUGCAGUGCCCGCCCCCCGAGGCGCCUCGGCACGGCAAAGCUGUGUACACCUCUUGCGCGUAUAACUCAGUGGUAUCUUAUGAAUGCAAGUACGGAUACCGGCUGGUCGGUGAUGCGACGCGCCGAUGCGGCGCCGAUAAGAAGUGGUCUGGAACACAACCGCUGUGCAAAGAAAUAAACUGUGGACAUCCAGGCCAAUUGUGGAAUGGAUGGCUUGAAAACAUUUCGUCUGGUACUGGAUUGGGCGCAUCCAUCAUAUUUCGGUGUCAGGACGGAAUGAGAAUGGAGGGAAAUGGUUCAGCGAUAUGCCAGAGCGACGGCACAUGGAGUCAUCCGCUACCGAUGUGUUUAGCUCCGUGUGUGGUUCCGCAUGUAUCUCAAGGGAGGGUUGUUCUCAUGGAAAAUAAGACCAGUGACAACGAAACCCAAGAGCACACUCAAAUAGUGGGUAGCUCCACUAUGGUCCAACAUGGUGAAAUGAUAGUAGUGGAAUGUGAAAAAGAUUACGAGUUUCCCUCCACCAAUGCGGCUAUCACCUGCAACAAUGGAACCUGGACGCAGAUACCACGUUGUCAACCUGCUAGAUGCAAGAAAAUGCCGAGGUUCCCCAGAAAUGGCAUGGUCAUCGCACCCAAAACCGAACACGGCAUGAAAGCACGAUUCAGAUGUAAAGAUGGGUACGAGCUCAAAGGAAACCCCAUAGUGGUGUGCUCUUUCGGGACCUGGAGUGGGGAGACACCCAAAUGUGAGGAGUUAUUCUGUCCCUUCCCUGGCUACAUAGAGAAUGGAAAAGUACUCUUAGUCGGAAAUAUGGGCCUCUAUGACUACAGACCUUAUGUUAAAAAGGUCGUCAAUAACAAACAAAUAAUGUACGAAUGCGACAGGGGCUAUGUAUUAACAGAAGGCCCUCCCGGUGCGACCUGCGUCGGCGGCCACUGGAGCCCUAGGGAGUUGCCGAAAUGCAUUCUUUACCAGCAUCCGCGCAUACGUUGGAGCCGGAGACGCCGUUCUAUCGCCGACACAGAAGUCCGUCACAGACGGUCAGCGUAUCUCCGGCAGUACUACAAUAACCUUCGCAAGAGCAAAGACGCGUCACAGGAGAACCUCGACCAGCUGUACGAGAAGUACAACCACGACAGCGAUAAACCGACGUUGCGCCACGCUAAUUUCAAGCUGAUGAAAAAGUUCGAUCUGGAUUUCGACGAAGACAUGCUGGAACCUCCCAGUCCCGACGACGGAAACUUACCCACGGCUAUUUACACCGUUUACAAUGUACACGGUGAACCAAUAACGCACAAAUUUUACUCUUACCAACCGGUGUAUGAGCCGGAAGAAGAUGAAAUAAUCCAUCACGAAGACGCGGAGUAUAAUGACUCUGGGGAGUUUGAGGAUUCGCAACUUACCGUCCUCAAAGGGGGGACGUUCCCGGAUCACGAAAUGGACGAGAGCAAUGAAGUAUCUGAUAAUAUAAAUAAACUCAAACACCAAUAUUUCGAGCGAUACAUCGAUAAGAGACGUAAAAGAUUUUUGAAUAGCAACAACGAUACCUCCGAGCCCGACCACAGCAUCGAAAUAGACACGGGAGCAGAAAUCAGCGUUAGGAAGAAGCGGCACGUGCACUACGAGGAACACGAUACGCAAAGUUACUUGAGGCCCACACAGGAAGUCCAAUCUAGCGAUAUAAGCGAUUACUUCCUGAAAGUAAUCCCAUUACAAACUCAGACAAUCCACUCCCCGCCUCGUAAAAAAGAAAUGGCGGUGAUCCCGUUGCAGUUCACAGGAACUAAUUCAACCGAAUUCCUAAACAUCAUGGAUAAAAGGGAGAAGAGAACGAGCAGGAAAACCGAUAGAUUGAACCAGACGACAGCGACAGUCCCAAAAACCGGUCGAGACGGCAAAGGCGGAAGGAACCGUCAACAAACUGACGACAGUAAAUCCGCAGACGACAAAUCGACCAGCACUGAAACUAAAGAGAAUGACGGAAACCAAACGUCCAAUGAGAAAAAUGGAAAGAAGGGACGACCGAAGAGUCCGUGCGAGCCGAUAGAAAGUGAACCGUACGUAAACAUAGAAAUAGUCAAGUACGGACGAGAUCCUAACAAUACUUUUAGUUCCGGCACAAUCGUAAGAGUCGCCUGCGGGAAGGGUUACGGACUAAAUCUAGAAACGAACGUUACCGCUAAGUGCGUAAGAGGAAGGUGGAAGCCCGAAAAACCAAUUUGCGAAGUCUUGCCCUGUCACGUGCCACCCACAGAGUACGGUAUAUACACGAUGUCCCCUAAUGGCAAUUUGGGAACGCUCAUCGCCGGAACUACCAGAGAUGACGAGAGAGAACUGAAUGAAACCGACCCGGUGCCUAAUGGUCAAAUCGUCCACUUCUCUUGUGAAUACGGAUACAAUGUGCAAGGACCCACAAACUUACGGUGUUGGCUCGGAGAGUGGGCAGUGACCAGUAUGCCGGAAUGCGUAGCAGCUCCGUGCGAGCUUCCUCAGCUGACAGGAGCCACUUACGAAGCAGGCUAUCGAGCUGGACUGACAGUGGCUCACGCGUCCUCGGUCAAUAUUGCGUGCGAGCCUGGGAGGUCACCUCCGGCGACGUUGAACUGCCAUUUGGGCAGGCUCCAACCUACUGUACAUGAGUUCUGCAGGCCGUUGCUAAACGUGACUCGUCCAUGGAUCAAGUCUAAAUUUCAAAGCGGGUCAGACAUAGUGAGAGAAGACAUUUCGGAGUUGGAGCCAGAUUUGCAGGAAGGGGCGAUCCCCUGCGCGCCACCUGAAAGGGUGCAGGGCACUCUCAUAUACCGAGACGGCUCUGACGUGAACGAAACGUAUGACAUAGCGGACACGUACCCGCACGGCGUGAAGAUCACUUUCAGCUGUAUCGCCUCUAUAAUGGGUGAGAAGACGACUUGGAAGAUUAUUUGUGAGAACGGCAACUGGGUUGGCAAGAGCUUUAACUGCGAAGAAUUGGACGCUCAGAGUGAAGAAUUAAUAAGCAACAACACGUGUACAUUCCGAAAUGAAGAGCCUCACGUAGUGUCCUUCUUCAAUGAUCUUGAAAUCACAGAAACAGUUGAAUUUCCGCCCGGAGCUGUUAUUGUUUCAAGAUGUAGUGAUAUCGGGAAGUAUGCUUUGACGGGAUCACAAACCAGGAGAUGUAUCGGAGGGACAUGGGACGGCGUUAAACCCACCUGUUUUGGACUCAACCAGGAAAAUGAUUACGCAAUGGAGAAGCCUCCGACGAUUCUAUUUAGGCACGCGAACGGCCCUAUCGCUCAGUCGAACGACGGCAAACUGCUGGUAUAUCCGGGGACGGAUUUGCACAUGGAAUGCUUGUGGAUGAGGAGGUUUGGCAAUCCUAAGUGGAACGUCACAUAUACCACACCUGAUCCUGAGCGCAAGUACACAGACGGUUGGACCACAGACCCGGGACGCGACAGCCAGCUAGAAUAUCGUCUCAGCGUCCUAAAUGCCCAGAAGGAAGAUUCUGGAAUCUAUCGAUGCGAAACACCUGCCAGGCAAAGUCAUCAAGUUGAGAUCAUCGUGGAAGAUGUCCACUGCCCCCCUCUCCCAAUCCGACGAGGCCUUGUACCCAGCAGUUUGGAUACGCAAUUAGGAAGUGAGAUCACAUUCUCCUGCGCAAAUGGCAACGCUCUCCUGGGGGCUUCCACUCUGUAUUGUCGAGCCUCCGGCAAUUGGAGUGCGCCGUUGCCCGUGUGUGAAAGUAACUGGUCGCAAGCAAAAGCUGUAGGUCAAACGAGUGCUUAUAUCCGAGUACCUCUUUCAGCUUUUAAUAGGAGAGCGCGCAAGCCAGGUAACGGCUACAACGCGAAACGCGUUCGCCUGGAUGACCGUUCUUUUGCCAAACAUCGGGGUGUCGAAUGCGGUGAUGUUAUUCACGACACGCCAAUCAAUGAGGGGGAAAGAAGGCCACGUGUGGCGGUCGUAUCUCGAGGAGUCGGAGGUCGAGCGGCCUUCUCUUGUCCUCCGGGCUGGGCGCUCAGUGGACCAGCGGAGACCGUGUGUCUGCCGGCUGCGGAUUGGGCGAAACCGUUUCCAGUGUGUCGCGAGGUGUCGUGUCCAGCAUUGCCCCCUCCAGCGUCCGGGUACGUCUUAGGCAGGGCUCCGUACCGAGCUGGUGACGUGCUCCAAUUCCACUGCAACCCUGAGCACACGUUACACGGCAGACCCAUUCUCGUCUGCCAGGACAGCGGCAGGUGGAGUGACAAGCCCCCAACUUGUGCUCAAGCGUGUACAUACCCCGGCACAACGAUAUCGGGGCGGAUGUCAUCUGUCAAGUUCUACUACAAGAUCGGUGAAACGGUUUCCUUUACAUGUGAGCCCGGAUAUCGAAUCAAGGGUGCACCUAUGUUGAGGUGCUUGAAGAAUAGAAAAUGGUCAAACGCAAUACCGCUGUGUACUCCGAUAUCAAACUACAGCUCAUCCGACUCCAUAGCCAUGCUGAACGGUGACAUCGACGCCAUGUUGUCAGACGGCGCCAUCUUUACCACAGAUGUACCUAAAGUUGAAACUCCCGCUAUUUUAACACCGCAGAGUCUAAAAGCCGCCAUGACAAGAGUUGCGACGACGAGGCUUUUGCGUAGAGGACCUAUAGAAAAUGUAAAAAAUAGAAUUUAUAGAGUGAACAGAAUACUAAGGAGGGAUACCGGAAGAUAA